CUUUUUGUAUGCCAUCGAUCGAAUCAUUCUUCUGCCAUUCUCAUGGUUCUAUUCCGUCGGAGUCCGUGGUUCUAAGCAUUUGAUGCGCGAUAGGCAUCUCGGUCUUAUCUUGUUCCGCAUGUUUUCCUAAAUUUGCACUUUUUUCCAGGUAAGAAUGUUAUCGGUGGCAAGGCGCAGUAUUGGUAGCCUGGUGUCCCGCCGCGCCUAUGCACCUCUUGCUGCGCACACAACCGAUGCUAAACAGGGAAAUAUCGCCAACUACAAAGUUGUAGACCAUGCUUAUGAUGCCAUUGUCGUUGGUGCAGGAGGCGCAGGCCUACGUGCUGCAAUGGGAUUGUCGGAAGGAGGUCUAAAAACAGCCGUGAUUACCAAGAUUUUCCCUACCAGAUCGCACACGGUUGCAGCGCAGGGUGGUAUCAAUGCAGCUUUGGGAAGUAUGAAUAAGGAUGACUGGCGCUGGCAUUUCUAUGAUACAGUCAAGGGAUCCGACUGGCUAGGAGAUCAGGAUGCCAUUCAUUACAUGACCAGGGAAGCUUGCCGUGCUGUGAUUGAACUGGAAAACUAUGGCAUGCCUUUCUCGCGUACACCCGAUGGAAAGAUCUAUCAGCGUGCUUUCGGAGGACAGUCAAACGACUAUGGGCGUGGUGGACAAGCUCACAGGACUUGUGCUGUCGCUGAUCGUACUGGACAUUCCUUACUUCAUACCCUUUAUGGAGCGUCAUUGCAGUAUAACUGCAAUUACUUCGUAGAGUAUUUUGCUCUUGAUCUCAUCAUGGAUAAGGGUGCUUGCGUGGGUGUUGUCGCGAUGUGUCUUGAAGAUGGAACAAUUCACCGAUUCCGAGCAAAGAACACUGUUUUGGCAACCGGAGGAUUUGGUCGAACCUACUUCUCUUGCACUUCAGCUCAUACUUGCACCGGUGACGGCACUGCUAUGGUCUCCCGAGCGGGUAUCAACAACACCGACAUGGAAUUCGUCCAGUUCCAUCCGACUGGUAUCUAUGGUGCCGGAUGCCUGAUCACUGAAGGAUCUCGAGGAGAAGGCGGGUAUCUUGUGAAUUCCAAAGGGGAACGCUUCAUGGAACGCUAUGCACCAAAUGCAAAAGAUCUGGCCUCUCGUGAUGUUGUUUCUCGUGCUAUGACCGUCGAAGUUAUGGAGGGUCGUGGUGUUGGUCCAGAAAAGGAUCACAUCUUCCUACAAUUGCACCACCUACCUGCUCAACAACUUCACGAACGACUGCCAGGUAUUUCCGAAACUGCCAUGAUCUUUGCUGACGUUGAUGUCACAAAAGAGCCAAUCCCUGUCAUUCCGACUGUGCAUUAUUGUAUGGGUGGUAUUCCUACCAACUACAAAGGACAAGUAAUUAGCUACACCAAGGAGAAAGGCGACCAGGUUGUCCCAGGACUUUAUGCCGCUGGAGAAUGCUCAGCGCAAUCUGUACAUGGUGCAAAUCGUCUUGGAGCUAACUCGCUUCUUGACAUCGUCAUUUUCGGAAGAGCUGCUGCUUUGAGCAUUCUCGAACACACCAAGCCCGGAGUUGGAGUACCAGAUCUACCAAAGGACGCUGGAGAGUCAUCUGUUGAAAACAUUGAUACCCUGCUUCACAGAAAGGAUGGCCCGUCUACUGCAAAAGUCAGACUGCAGUUGCAGAAAACUAUGCAGAAGCACGCAGCUGUGUUCAGGCGUGGCGAUAUCCUUCAGGAAGGUGUCAAGAAAGUGCAGGAUAUCUACAAAGAGAUUAACAGGUUACAUGUGCUGGAUAGCAGCUUGAUCUGGAACAGCGAUCUGAUAGAAACUUUGGAGCUUCAAAAUCUCCUUAUCAAUGGUAUACAAACAAUUGUUGCUGCCGAGGCUAGAAAGGAAUCGCGUGGUGCCCAUGCUCGUGACGAUUUCCCCAAGCGUAUUGACGAGUAUGAUUAUAGCAAGCCAGUCGAAGGGCAAAAGAAGAAGCCGAUCGAGGAGCAUUGGCGUAAGCACACCAUGAUCCACGUCGAUGUUCCCACCGGCAAUGUGAAGUUGGACUACCGCCCAGUCAUCGACAAAACUUUGGACAAGAGCGAAACAGAUUGGAUCCCUCCAAAGAUCCGUUCAUAUUAA